GUGGAGGCGUGGUAUUUUAUUUUACUAAAUAACUAAACAAUCUUUAACUAUACCGUAGAACAGCGGUAACAGACGGAGAUCGAUUCCAGACAAUCCCGAUAAAUGUCUUUUAUUACAUAUAUCUGCACUAAAAUCUAUAGAAAGCGGGUCAUCUUUCUCUAGUCCAAUGAUGAAUUCUAAACGUCUGCUUGACAUGUCCGCUGUUGGAAUACGUCUCGGGGGCGCUUCGAAACAAGCCGGUAUUGAUCAGCAUGCAGAGGGGUCCAAGGGACGCAAAAUUACUGUCGCCGCCACUGCGGACAGCGGUGUCAUUCUGGCGUGCAAGAAUGGUCCCGCAACGGGAGCAGUUUUCUACAAAUUCGUGUUGGAUGAUGGAUCUUUAAGAGAAUGUACAAGACAGGACACCGUCCUCAAUGCGAAUGACCUGUCAUCAGGGAGAGAAAAAUUCCACCUGAAUACAGCAGGUUGUGGUGGGGAGGCAGAUGAAAGAAACAGUGGUCUGACUGGGAUCCUUACUAACGGCAGUCCCACACACUCCCUGAUCCGGAAAGGGCAGAAGGCGGACAAACACAUGCACUCGGAGGCGAGGGACCCGCUGGUGCCCAGCGGUUGCCAGGCAACAAAUGGACAGCAAGUUCCACCUGAGGAGAGAUACCCUCAUCCCUCCUCCCAAAUACCUGUCCCCCGACGCAGGAAACCUUCAGGUCUUGCUGAUAAGGAGGUGAUGGCUGCUACCGUCCUGACAUCACUGUCCACCUCUCCUCUGGUCCACACCCAUACCCAGACAGCCUCAGCUGCAGUUCCGGAGCCAGUCAGCAGAGGGUGGAAGGAGGUGCUGUCAACUAGCUACAGCAGCUCUACCAGUGGCAACUGGAGCUGGGACACCAGCGACCAAUCGGUGCCCUCCACACCGUCCCCGCCUCUCUCCAACGACACCAGCAAGAGCUUCUUGCUCUCCUCCCAGAGUGAUAAUGUCAUCGACGACGUCAAAGAGAGCACGCACUUCUUGUUUGAGGACCCCAUACCCCGGAAGCGAAAGAACUCCGUGAAGGUGAUGCUCAAGUGCUUGUGGAAGAACUGUGAAAAGGUCCUCAGCACCUCUUCAGGGAUCCAGCGACACAUCCGCACCGUCCACCUGGGGCGGAACUGUGACUCGGACUACAGUGACGGGGAGGAGGACUUCUACUACUCAGAGAUCGAGGUCAACAUGGACAGCCUAUCAGAGGGCUUGUCCAGCCUCACGCCCACCUCCCCCACCACUACUGGCCCUCCCCCCAUCUUCCCCCCUUUCUCCCACGCCGCCUUUGUUCCCCGCUCUGAGCCCGCCCACAUCGUCAUGAGGGGACCGCAGGGUCAUGCCCCCAGUCUGCUCAGCCAAUCGGCUCCCUCCACGCUCUGCCAUAUCCGCACUGACCACGCCUACCAGGCCACUGCUCCUGUGAGUAUUCCUGUGUGUUCGGAGCAGGCUGAUGGGAAUAGGGAUGGGAUCAGUGUGUCCUGGCAGUCCCCUCCUGUCAUUUUUAAAGGCUUAACGGGGCCGUUGACUCACAUCCGCACGGUGAGCUUUGGGGAGAAGAGACAGCCAGCCCCUCACACACACACCACCAUCUGCAAGACACCUCCCUUUACUGCCCCCCUGCCCAAACCAGCACCAGGAAUCAGGAAACCCCGCGGAGAGGCCAAAAAGUGCCGGAAAGUGUAUGGCAUGGAGAAGAGGGACAUGUGGUGCACAGCCUGCCGCUGGAAAAAAGCCUGUCAGCGAUUCACUGACUGAACCCCAGUACAUCACUGGGAUGGACUCUUCCUCUGCCAGCGCAUCAAUGAGGUGUCAUCUUCCACUGAGGAGAUGUGGGGGUUUCUCCGUGAUGAAGCCCCUCAGAGCACGCACUGCUUCCUCCUGACCAGCAGGGGGCUCUCUGCUCGCUUCUCCUAGUCCUCAGACAGUUGAAUUCACAAAACACAACAACUAACUGAUGAAAAAGGCAAAAAAGAAAAAUGAAUUUGGCUUUGGAAGAAUUGUUUUUCUUUCUAAUGAUGAGACUUUUUUAGGUAAUCAAAAUGAUUUGAUUUGUUUUGUAUUUUCUAAUUUUGUCUGCCUUCACUGUAGGGGGAGUGGUUGAAGACUUCAGAUAAGAUUUUUGCUAUUGUGUACGUAUAGUUUUUUACCGGUCCGAGUAUCUACUCUGUUUGGGGUCAUAAGAUCCUGAUACCGCUCCCUUGUCAGCCUCUUUCAAUGCAUCUCUGUUCAUGUUUUAUAUCUAAAAUCUCACUUCGGGGCUUUUAUUCCAAUGGAUCGUUUUUCAAAUUUCAACUGUCACUCUUUUGAAAAGGGCAGCAAGUCUACCAAAGGAAAAACAAAUCAGAAUAUCGCUGAGAAUUUAGAUGCUGCUUGUUAAGAUGCUUGUUCAUAUCCAAGUGUUAUGGAAUAACACAUCACAUGCUCUUAUAGGAAUUCAACUCGGAAACCCUAAUCAUGUUGUUUGGGAAGUAAAUCAUCCGUAGCUACUCAUCA